GGUUUAAUCCAACUGCCACUCCUGGCACAACCAGCUGGGUACUUGAAAGACCUACUCGCUCGCACAGAUAAUAUAGGACGCCAGUCCAAGGAUAAGCUACGUCAAUACAGCGCUGUCUUUGCAUUCACGUCGCUAAGAUUUAACAUUGCUCUUGUCGAGGAACGAGCCAGUAAUGAAAACAGCAGAGGUGGUCUGCAUGCAUUUCAAAUUCAUGGUGAACUUUAUCACCUCCAUAGCCCCUUACUUCCCAGUGAUGAUGAUUCCAACCCUUCAUAUGCUCAGCUUUACAUAUACGAUCCAUCAUAUGCAGCUGAAAGACACUCAGAGAGAAAUAACAAUCUUGAUUCCGAGACUAUAAGAGAGCUUUCCUUCAUGUUCUCGCAGUACAAUCCCUUUGCUCAAAUUUACCGCCACGCAUAUAUAAUAUUAAAUGCGCGAGAAAGUAACGGUAACUCAGCUGGCAACAACAACGUCUCACCUUAUAUAGCUAUUUCUUCUGAUAUGAAAAUGCGAUUAAUUGAAGGAGGUAAUAGACGUACCCAAAGCUUGCCUAUCAUAGAAGAGAUUGCUGCCAUCAUUCCCACUGAGUAUGGCGACAAAAGCUUUCGUGACACUUUUCUCACCUGGAGAAGAACAGAUGAUAACACCAGCGCUUCAUUACGCGAUCAGCAUCCUCUACAAUUGUUGUUACUCUUUAAAUUUUCUUUCGUAUUUUUAAACAAAAUGUGCGAUUAA